GUAAACAUGAAGUAAGAGCAGGGAGCGCCUCUGAUACUCAGCUAUGUGGCAGAGCAGGGGAGGGCACAACUACACGAUUGUUCCUCUGCAGACAUCCAGGACUCACUAUACUAGGAGUUUCAUCCAAACUAAUGGACCUUUUUUUUUCACCGACUGUGACGUAUUCUGCCCAGGUCUGAGCGGCGUUGUUCCUGAUUUCUAGCAACUCCAGCAGAGUGGCAACAAAGGAAAGGAGGAAGUUUAACUCAUGCUGCCAAAGCUCCUGAAUUUCUUCUCAAACUCCUCACCUUAGUGAAGUGGUUUGGAUGCAGCUAUUGUGCUGGCUGCUGUGCCUCGCCCUGACUGAGGCUCUCCCUGCGGUGCCAAAGGAACAGGUGGCCCGGCAUGCUAUCAAGCUCUACCAGAGCAAAACGCCGGUACACGGCCACAGGUGGCUGACCAAUAACUGCAAGCUGCUGGUGGGUCUUCUGCGGCAGAAGAAUGUGGUCAUCCACAAGCUGGCGGCAGCUGCAAAGGCUGUUGGAAGAGACCAAAACCUUUCAGAGCCAGAGAAGCUCUUCCAGGUUCAUACUCUGGAGGUUUUUCAAAAGGAGCUGAAUGAAAGCGAGCACCUGGUGUUCCAGGCAGUGCACGGCCUGCAGAGGGUGCUGCAGGGAGACUAUAGGGAUGUGGUCAAUAUGAAGGAGAGCAGCAGACAGAGGCUGGAGGCCCUCAGAGAGGCAGCUAUAAAGGAAGAACAGGAGUACAUGGAGCUUGUGGCUGCAGAGAAGCAUCAGCAGGAAGCCCUUAAAAAUGCUUUGGACAAGAACAAGACUCUUACUAUCCUAGAGGAGAUCUUGGAGGAUGUGAGGAAGGCCGCAGACCGCCUAGAGGAGGAGAUCGAGGAGCAUGCCUUUGACAACAACAAACAGAUGAAGGGAGUGAAUGUGGAAGCAGUCCUCAGAGUGGAAGAGGAUGAGGAAAAAGGAGGGAAAACGAAGAACAAAUCAGCACAGAAAGAGGUGGAAGAUGAUUUGGGGCUUAGCAUGCUGAUUGACUCCCAGAAUAACCAGUACGUUCUGACCAAACCGCGGGACUCCACCAUGCCGAGAGCAGACCAUCACUUCAUCAAGGACCUAGUGUCAGUGGUGAUGCUCUCCCUGCCUUGUGGUUGGGUUUGCAGUCUGGUGGGUCUUCCUCCCAUGUUUGGAUAUAUCAUCUGUGGCGUCCUGCUCGGCCCUUCUGGCCUCAACAGUAUCAAGUCUCCAGUUCAGGUGGAGACUCUGGGGGAGCUGGGUGUGUUCUUCACUCUUUUUGUGGUGGGACUGGAGUUCUCACCUGAGCGCCUUCGAAAGGUAUGGAAAACCUCGGUUCAGGGGUCGUGCUACCUGAGUCUGCUGAUGGUAGGGGCCGGCUUGUUAUGGGGCCAGCUUCUUCAUAUUCGACCCACUCAGACGGUCUUCGUUUCCACCUGUCUGUCCCUGUCCAGCACUCCACUCGUGUCGCGCUUCCUGGCAGGAGGAAGCAGGGUGGAAAGGGAAGGUAUGAGGAAAUGGGAGCUGGAUUACAGCAGCGUUCUGCUGGGGAUGCUGGUGAUGCAGGACGUUCAACUCGGGCUCUUCAUUGCUGUCAUGCCCACUCUGAUCCAGGCACAGAGCGGAGACUUGGACAGCUUGCUGUAUGGAGGUCUGCGAGUGCUGAAGCUUCUGACACAGGUUCUGGUGUCGUUGGGCGCCGUGCUGCUGCUCUGCCUGCUGCUCAGAUCCUUCCUAAUUGGUCCAUUUUACAAGAAGCUUCACGCCGAGAGCAAAGGCAACAAGGAGAUCCUGGUGCUGGGGAUGGCAGCUUUUGUGUUUUUCAUGCUGACGGUGACAGAGUUCCUGGAUGUCUCCAUGGAGCUGGGCUGUUUCUUAGCAGGAGCUUUGCUGUCAUCGCAGGGUCACAUGGUCACAGCCGAGGUCAUGGGCUGCAUCGAGCCAAUCAGAGACUUCCUCGCCAUCAUCUUCUUCGCCUCUAUUGGUCUUCACGUCUUCCCCACGUUUGUGUUGUAUGAGCUCACCAUCCUGCUUGUGCUCACACUUACACUGGUCAUCAUGAAGUUUGUAAUGGCGGUGCUGGUUCUGUCCACCAUCCUGCCUCCGGGUUCUCGACACAUUCGGUGGAUCGUCUCAGCUGGUCUGGCUCAGGUCAGCGAGUUCUCCUUUGUUUUGGGCAGCCGCGCACGUCGGGCUGGUAUCAUCUCCAGAGAGGUGUACCUGCUGGUGCUCAGUGUCACCACUCUCAGUUUGCUGCUGGCGCCGCUGCUGUGGAGAAUCACCACACACAGGAGGAUUCCUCGCACCGAGCGCAAAACUCUCACAUGAUGGCAGAGACUUCAGGGAUGAGAAGAAACGUUGCUCUGCAGAAUCAUCACAUGAAGCCUUAUCAUCGUUUUUUACUUGACCAAAUCUUCAUCAUAUUCCUUUUUCUGAUUCAGCACUGCUGUAUAAAUACUUAAAGGACAAUUCUGCUAUAUUUUGACUGUUACACGUCCCUACACCAUUUUCACCACACUGAGCUCUGUAUUGUUUUUAAUCGUGCACACUAAAGCACUUCUAAAACAAACAAUGGACCAACUCUGUUCAAUAUUAGGAGAAGGUAAUUUUUUCCUUAUUCCGCAUGUUUUUCGAGGCCACACUUCAGUUACACUACAGUUUAAGCUUUUUUUGUUGUAAAUGAAAGCGUCAUAGGAUCACUGACUCUGCCUUAAACAAAGGUGAAAGUUUCUUGCUGUGUAACAUUGUUGGUAUGCUGGUUUAAUCUCAUCCUUCUACUACUGAGUUUCAGUUGAAAACUGAUCAAAAUCUGACCAGUUUCUUUUUUUUUUUUUUUUAACGGUAUGUUGAACUGCAGCAAUAGAAACAGACAAUGAAACGGUUUCAGUAGAAGAAAACGAAACAUUAAAUUAUUUAUUAAAUGCUGUUAUUUGAAGAAAAACCAAACUGCACUCGUCCAGUGAAUGUUAUACAUGAUGUGCCUGCUCCUCUCAGCUCCUUCCUGCACUAAGAGGGGGAGGUUUCCAUACUGAAAUGUAAAAACAUUUGUCCUAUAAGAUCAUUAAGUACAAUGUCAUUAU